AGAGGUUCAGAGUAUCCCAGCAGCCGAUCGAUCGAGCUAGCUAGCCUCCUCCAUCCCAGUCCCAGGCGCAAUCUAUCUAUCUAUCGAUCGAUCUCAUCACCAGCAGCAGGCAGCAGGUUCAUUCAUCGAUCAUCCAUAUGGGGAUCUCCGGCAGCCCUGUGCUCGCUUUGGCCUCGCAGGAUGAGGAGCGCAAGCCCCGGUCCUACACCCCAAGCAUCUGGGGCGAUUUCUUCCUCCAACACCAACCAUGCACCCCAUCGCAGCUUCUGUCCAUGGAGGAGAGAGCAUGGAGCAAGCAGGAGGAGGUGAGGCGGAUCUUACUUGACACCAUUGCCGCCUCUUCCGAGCUGGUGGUUCGCAAGCUGGAGCUCGUCGACACGCUGCAACGGAUCGGAGUGGACUACCACUUCAGGAAGGAGAUCGACGAGUUGCUGCGUGAUAUUCACGGCUCACAGCGUGAAGGAGGCCACGAUGACGAGCUGUAUCUCGUAUCCCUACGGUUCUAUUUGCUCAGAAAGCAUGGGUACAAUGUCUCUUCUGCAGAUGUGUUUGCGAAGUUUAAGGAUGACCACGGAAACUUUGCAAGUAAUGAUGCAAAAUGUCUGCUGGCCCUGUAUGAGGCUGCGCAUCUCAGAACUCGCGGUGAAGAGAUCCUUGACAAUGCCGUGGUUUUUACCAGGAGUCGCCUCCGGUCUAUGGUGAAAACUUUAGACCCAGAGCUGGCAGCAGAGGUGGAAUACACAUUGGAAACACCUAGUUACAGGAGGGUUGAAAGAGUGGAAGCAAGGCGCUACAUCUCUUUGUAUGAGAAAAAGGUUACACGGAAUGACACCAUACUUGAAUUUGCAAAGUUGGACUACAACAUUCUGCAAGCUCUGUAUUGUGAGGAGUUGAAAGCUCUUACAGCAUGGUGGAAAGGCCUCCAAUCACAAGCGUAUGCGAGGUUUGCACGGGAUAGAGUGACAGAGAUGCAUUUUUGGAUGCUUGGGGUUAUUCAUGAACCUUGCCAAUCAUAUGCACGGAUAGCAUUGACAAAAUGUUUCAAACUUGUGUCGCUGAUGGACGACUUCUGCGACAACUAUAGCGACACAGAAGAAUUUGAAAUAUUCAUUACUUCUCUGGAAAGGUGGGAUGAACAAGCCGCGGAGAAAUUGCCCGCAUACAUGAAGGACUUAUUCAUCUUCACACUCAACACUAUAAAUGAUAUCAUGGAAGAGUUAAAACUUCGGAAAAACAAGCAUGCUGAAUUCGUCAAAGAACUGUUUAUUGACGCUGUCAAACGUUACGGCGCUGAGAGAAAAUGGCGCGACGAGCGCUAUGUACCAGCAAAAAUUGAAGAGCACCUACAAAUUUCAGUGGCUAGCAGCGGAUGUAUGCAUCUGGCAAACAUCACUUUCGUCUUAAUGGGAGACGUAACUACCAGAGAGGCCAUUGAGUGGGCUUUCUCCUUUCCAGAAAUGAUAAGAGCUGCUUGUACUGUCGGGCGCAUCUGUAAUGACAUCAUGUCACAUGAGCGAGAACAAGUUUCAAAGCAUGUCGCGUCCACGGUGGAAACUUGCAUGAAGGAGUACGGGAUGACAGUACAUCAAGCCUAUGAAAAGCUUAGAGCCCUAAUUGACGAAGCAUGGAUGGAUAUUGUCCAGGGAUGUCUUGAUCAACCUUAUCCUAUGGAGAUUUUGGAGAAGGUGGUUAACAUUGCACGAACAAUGGAUAAAAUGUACAAGCGUGAUGAUGCGUAUACCGACCCAUAUAGUCUCAAAGACACCAUAACUUCAAUGUAUGUGAACCCCGUGUGAACAUACAAUGAAAGAUCCGGCACCAAAUAGGGCACUUCAUCAGCAUGAUACAUGUAAUAAACAAAGAUUCUGGUAGAUUUCGAAUCCAAAUUGAUAUAUAAUAAAAAAAAUUCCUUA